AUGAAUAGUUCAUUUAAUAAUUUUACAUGUCCAAUAACAUCAAAAACUUCAUCAGCUGCAUUUUAUAAAACAGUUCUUAUUAUAGUAGGUGGUACAAUAUUAACUUUAUUAACAACAAUUGGUAAUUUACUUGUAUUAAUCUCGUUUCGUAUUAAUAAACAACUACGUACAUUAACAAAUUAUUUUCUAUUAUCACUUGCUGUAGCUGAUUUUACAAUUGGAUUCUUUUCUAUGCCAAUAUUUUUUACAUUUUUUGAAAAAGAUUGUUGGCCAUUUGGCUCAUUUUUAUGUGAUGUAUGGCUUAGUGUAGACUAUACAAUGUCAAAUGCAUCUGUUGCUAAUCUUUUACUUAUAUGUUUUGAUCGAUAUUUUUCUAUAACACGACCAUUAACAUAUCGAUCGAAACGUACACCAAAACGUGCAUCAUUUAUGAUUGGUUUUGCUUGGACUAUUUCAUGUCUUAUAUGGACACCUUGGAUAUGGACUUGGCCGUUAAUUGAUGAAAGAGUACCACCCGGUCAAUGUCGACUACCAUUUACGGACAAAGCAAUAGUUGCAAUACCAACAGCUAUUGCUGCUUUUUAUUUACCAGUUACAUUAAUGUGUUUACUUUAUUUUCGUAUAUAUCGUGAAACAGUGAAACGUCGGAAGGAAUUACAUCUAUUACAAGCUCAACAUCAUAUAUCAUAUUCUCAGUCAACAAAUACAAAUAAUAAUACUAUUUCAAAUGGUCGUCUAACAAAAAAUUUAACUUCAGUAGGUACAACAUUAGUUUUAGAACAAGAUGAAAGUAUAUCAACGGAUUCAAAUCGUUCACGACAAAAAAUUAUAUCCUUACAAAAUUGUUCAGCUAAUAAAUUAUUAUUAUUAAAUAAAAAACAAAAUAAAAAAUUUAAUUAUUGUUGUUAUUAUACAAGACAACAUGAUUCAACCAAAUCAAAAUCAAAUUCUAAUAGAGUUGAUGAUGAUGAAUCUUCAAGUGAAAUUCGUUCUAUAAUUACAACGAAUCUAAAUCGAAAUUUAACUGAUAAUGUUCCAUUAACAAAUACAGGAAAAAUAUGUCUUGUUAAUGGUCGUACGUCGAAUACUCUACGUGAUACAUCUGAACAAAAUAAAUCUAAUCUAUAUGCGGAUCCAUGGAUUCGUCGUUGUGAUCAACCCCCAUCAAUAGAAUAUUUAUAUAAUCAAGAACAAAAACAACAUAGACAAAAAUCAAUUCAAUAUGAGACACGUCUUUAUUAUCAUUCAUUAGCAUCAACAUCUGAUGAACAUCUUUCACAUCAACAACAACAACGUCAACCAUUACUUAAUAAUAUUGAUAAAGACAUUGAAUAUGUCGAAUCAAGAUUACGUGGUCAGACAACAGUUUCAUUUCCAGCAUCUUCUCAUUAUUCACAUAAUAGCAGUUGGCUACGACUUCCUCAUCAUGAUUAUAUAACUGAAUUAUCACCUUUACCAAAUGAUCAACAACAGUCAACACUUCUUGUCCAUCAAAAAUAUUUUAAUACACAACAAAUCAAUGAAACAAUUGUUUCACCAACAAAGCCAAUACCACAAAAGCUUUCAUCGCAAGUAACAGCAAAUACAAAUGGAAGUGUAAAAACAGUGAAACGUCGUAUGGAAAAAGUAAAAGAUCAAAAAGCUGCAAAAACUCUAAGUGCUAUUCUAAUUGCAUUCAUUGUGACAUGGCUUCCUUAUAAUACAAAUAUUAUUAUAUCAACAAUAAAACCAGAUAUAUUUUCACAUGGUUUCCCAAUGUACUGGGAACGUUUUGGUUAUAUGUUAUGUUAUAUUAAUUCAACGAUUAAUCCAAUGCUUUAUGCAUUAUGUAAUGGAACAUUUCGCCGAACAUUUGCUCGUAUACUUCGUUGUCAAUGUCAUCGUCGUCAUACACCAACACAUAUGCAAAAAGCUUAUCGUUUUCAAGCUAAAAAAGGUCUUAAAACAAAUCAUAUAUAA